UCAAGAACCCUAAUUGAAAAGCCCAAUUCCAAAAGUAGAUUCAUUCUUUACACUCCUAUCACUUUCUCUUGGCGAUCUCUCUCUCACUCAUACUGUACACUAUCUUGGAAUUUACAGUCUCCAAAAAUCACACAUACAAAUUAACAAAACCCUACUUAGUGUAUAUAUGCAUCACUAUCUGCAUUUCUAAAAUCUCAUGGGUAACCGCAAGAACUUCAAUAUCUUCAUCUUUCUCGUUCUUCUUCUCGCACUGAUGAUGUCUUUCACAUAUCCUUCGCGAUUGCAUGAAACCGAACCCACCGCAGCUCCAUCGAUGGCGCCGUCAGCAAAGUACCAGAAGUUCGAUGUCAAGAACUCGAAGCCAUUCUUCUUGAAUAAACGGGGGCGUCAGAACAAGAAAGAGAAGGGUUUGAACCGGAAUAAAAUGAAGAAAAAGAAGAUAAAGAAUUUUAAUGCAAAGCCUUUCUUGGUUAUGCUUCCCAAGGGCUUUGUCCCUCCUUCAGGCUCAUCACCAUGCCAUAAUCUUUACCCGAAUUCAGUCACUUUCUUUUGUGAUCUUUCUACCAAUAGACGACCUUGAAGAACAGUCCACAAGAUGGAGAAAUCAUAGGAAAAUGCUUCAAGAGAAAUGCAGAUGAUUAUUAUUCAUCGUUUUUUUUACAGCAUACGUAUAGCCGGGAUAAAGGUCAAGUAAGCAGAAAUGACUCACAGAUGAGGAAUUAUGAGUUUCAAUAAUACGGACGCAUGCAUCAAGAUGUAUACUACAAAUCUUGAAUAUGCUUUAUGCAGUUUUAUCUUCGUUUCUUGUCAUGUAGUUUACAUUGUUAUGAGGGUUUUCAAUU